UUUAUUGUAACGCUCAAGCGAAUUUAGUCGAUUGAGGAUUUCAGUGAGUGUACUACGUUAAAAAUGCGUGUGUCUUUACUAAUUUCAAUUUUAUUUCUAUCAUGGGUGGACGCAAAUAAAACACACACUCAACAGUGCAGCAGCCCAGCGUUACCUGCCACGGUGUUUCAAGGUGCAAGGAAUCUUCUUCCACCAGACGAUGAAGUGGGUCCUCCCACUCAGCCGAUCGUCCCUGCUGAGCCGGCAGAGCCAGUUGAGCCGGAACCGAGUACCACCUCUCGAAUUACUGGAUUCCUUUGGGAUCUUAUACCAAGAGGGUCAGGGUCGAGCUUCGCAGGGUCAUUCGCCGGGUCGAAUCUGGUUGAACCGUCAUCGAGCCACGGACCAUCAGGUUUCCUCGCCAGGUGGCUGCUGGGGGAUGAUGAUGACGACAAAAAGAAAGCCUCCAACAAGAAAUGCACGAAAGAUAAAUAAUAAGUUUUAGUUAAGAUUCCUACAAUAUACCUCUACGAGUUAUUCGUCAUCGCACGAUCGUGCGACUUAGAACCAAUUUAAGCUAAUAUUUUUGUCAACAAUGAGAAAAGUGUUUGAUUGAUGCUUACACAAAAAUAGCGAAUUCCGAACUGAGGCGAUUAUCACACUGCACCGCGCUCCGCCACGGUCCGCGUGGCGACAUACAACGAAUCCCGCGCACAAACCCCUUGUCUGUGUGUUGUGCCGCGCGUGUUUUCUAUAUAAACUGAGGUACUUGCAUAUAAUGAUUAAAUCUGUCGUCUCGCGUACCGCGGCGGAGCGCGGUGCAGUGUGAUAAUCGCCUGAGUGUUAACCUAUAACCAAACCAAGUUUAGCUCACUACAAAAUAGUAUAUUUAAUUUACACAACAUUUUAUUCCUCAUAACCAAAGAUUAGUAGUAACCUCCAGUUAGCAAGUCACUUUUUUGUGUAAACCGUAACCAAACCAGUUUUUUCAGUGAACUAGCACAAGUAUAAAAAUCUGAGGUGACUAUGUACAGUCAGCUACAUAACGUUUAAGAUUUUAUAACUGGAUGCAUUACAAACGCACGAUCGUGCGAGAUGACGAAAAUCUCACCUCUACAGUUCCACGCCAAUAUUCUGUAAAAACGUAUGUGGUUAUUGUAUAGACGACAGCACACCAAGCAAAACACUAUAGUCCAAAAAAAAAUUUUUUAGUCCGUCAAUUUUAGUAUAAAAAAAUAUUGGACACAUAAUUUAUGUUUUUAAUUGUCAAUCAAACAAAUAUGUAAUUACAAAGUUAUAGUGCGUUGAAGUUCCGCUCGACGUCACAAAGUGCUGCACUUUUACGCACUCACUGAUGUCACGGGCCUUUUCUUUAGAACUUUGGCACGCUUUAUCUCUUUACAUUUUCAUUAGUUUUAAAAAGUGAAAAAUACGUGUCGAGUAGUUUUUGAUAAGCUAACUGACGGACUAAUUAAAACUCUUGCUUUUUUACCCAGAAAACAUCCCUAUUGUACUUGUUAUUAAGCAAUAAAAUGUAUAUGUUACAGUCAAAACCCACAAAAUCGGUCAAAAACACUUCUGACUGAUAUUUCCCGUUAAAAGUGGUUUAGACUAAAGGCGUUAGUCAAAAAUCUGCAAAAAUCAGUCAACAGUGAAUUCACCUUAUUUACAAUUUUAAAAAUCAGUCGAAAUUCAUACAAAAUUAUGAUUUAUUUAUUUAUUUAUUUAUUUUAUAGAAACCAACAGCGAUACAUUGAAAAUAUUAGUUAUAAGAUUUAGACUAUGAUUAUAUAUGAUUAGUGAAAAAUACUAGUUUGUAUUGUGUAAUGUUGUUAUUUUUAAAGUAUUUUUAUUAAAGAAGUUCGUUAGUCAAAACCAUUUUUGAAUAACAAAGGUGAUUUUAACAGAUUGUGAUUUUAACAGACUGUAACAUAGACUGAUGUGCUGUUGUUGACUGUAAUAAUAUAAUACUUAACUUAAUUUCUAAGCUUAUUUUAGUUAGUCACUGUGCCUAUUCAUAUCUUAUAAGAGUAUUUCUCAAAAAAAAUGUACGUAACGAAACGGUAGUAACGAAAUAGUAAGGCCAUAAGGCUUGUUAUACAUUGGCGAAAUAUUGUGAAUGCUCUUUAUUUAUUCAAUUCGAAAUAUUUGUAAGUAUUCACCCAAAUACGGGGUAAUGUUAAGGGGUUAGAAAUAAAAUAAGGGAGUAAUCAUUCAUACUAUUUUAAUAAAAUUAUUUUUGUUCCAUCAUGUUUAUCCAUUUUGAGUCGUUCUCUGUAAGCUUUUUGCCUUUCGGCAUUGGUUUUUGGCGGCAUUCCUAAAAAAAACAAAAGAAGUAAUCACAUAAAAACGUAAUCUAAAUGAUUUGAUAAUUUUUUGCUGGUGGCACUUCUGUAAAGCAGAUAGUAUCCAAUCCUUUUGUUAUUAACGCUCUAUAUUUUUUGAAAUUAAUUAAGUAGUGAAUAUUACUAUGCUUAGUCAGGUAAUAACAGUAUACACUCAGCAUUAUGUUGUACUUUUUCGUAACGUAACGAAAUUCGCAAAAAACGUAACGAAAUAUUAGACAAAAUGAGAUCAGAAACAAGUAUUUUUUUGAUAAAAUUUGUUACAGCAAAUAUAAAAGCUUACUAAAUGUUCGUACCACACGUAUUACAAAAAAUGGUUAAAUGAAGACUUACCGUUCUAUAUAAAAUCGCUGAUUUUACUGCCUGUUACGAAAAAGUAAUCCCACAAAACACACACGUUUUCACUAAUUUUCGCGAUAGAUGUUAUGGCGGAGACGUUAGGCCAACAGCCAUUCAGAGUGCAGCUAUUGUUGUCCGUGUAAAAUAAAUACGGAAUUGUUCAGAAACCAUGGGAAAGUAGAAAUAAAUCGUAACUAAAGAGUAAAUAACGAAAUAGUAAAUGAGAGCGACUCAUUUUGUUUUUUUGCUUUAAAUUGCCAAUUCAUUAUGACACCCCAUAGAAAAUCAAUUUGAUACAGAAACUGCGAUUACUGUAGAACGAUAAUACAAAGAAAUUUACAAUAAUUUAGUUACGUAUCGCAUUUUAUGAAACAAAAAUACAUGAAAAAGCUAGGGUGGCAAACAGGUUUUUGUAUGAAAGGUAAAAAAGGACUAUUUUUAAAAUAUCUAAAUAUUUGGUAAUAAGUAGGAUUAUAGCUAUAAUUCUUCGUUAUCUUAAAGAUUAAUAUUCAUCCUUUAAAAUUAUGUGUGUGUUUUUUUUGUGUGAUGAUUUAUAAAUAUAAAACUUUUGAACUGUUUCAAAGCACACUUUUUUUUUUCAAAAUGUACAUUUUUUUUGAGAAAUACUCAUAAACGAUUGGUAUUUUUUCGUGCUAAAACGAUUUAAAUUGAUGUAAAAAAAGCUUUUUCUUUAAUGUAUAAAGAAGUUAUUGGAAAAUUAUUUAUGUAACAUGCAAAUCACGGACUGAAUAGAUUUUUAUAAGAAGCAUUUAUUGUGAUAAUUAAGCCUUUAAUUGCAAGGCGAGUGCAAAAUUUUCUUUUUAAGAAAUAAUCUAACCAAAACGAAUAUUACUCGUAUAACAUUUACAAAUACCAAAUUAGUGUCUUUCAGCUGAAAAUGAAAAUACUUGUAUAAACUAUUUAAUCUUAAUAUCAGAAUAGGAUUUUAAAAUCCUAUUUUUGUUAUACAGGGUGGAAUUUUGUAAUGCCACCUGGAGGGAAAGUACCCUUAAUACUGUAGGGAGAAAAUUUUACUCAAAGAAAACAUUCCUUUUUUUUUAAAAGAAAGUGAAUUACAUUUAAAGAUUUUCGAAACAUUUUCGAAAAUUUACCACCAUACCAUACAAUUUUCUGUAAAUAAUUACAAUAAUUUAAGAUUUCAUGGUUUUCCUUUCAUUUGAUUUAUCAAGUUUGUUUGAGAGAUUUCAUCCUUAUACUUAACCCUAACGAUCGAUGCUAUAAAAAUAUAGUGUGUAAUUUUUUACAUACUUUAGUGGGUUCGAUUCCCGGGUGUAGCAAGCAAAUUUUUGGAAAUCUUUGAAUGCAGUUCUAUUUCUUUUAAAAAAUAAAGGAAUAUUUUCUUUGAUUAAAAUUUUCUAUGUAUCAAGAGUACUUUCCCUUCAGGUGGCAUUACAAAAUUCCACCCUGUAGUAUAAUCUAAAGACAACAAAAUAGUCCAGUCAACAUCGACAUCGAUCAUCGCAAAAGCGCAUGUACGAGUAUAAAUAUUUUUUUAAUGUUGUUAGGCACCUUGAGCGAAGUUUACAUCCCUGUAUUUCUCCCAUGGUGUUGGGAAAUUUUGGCAUCUUUUUAACUUUUUGCUCUAAUUCUCAUAAUUAAAUUUUGGACAAAGUGAUCAGGAGUCAGGACCCAAUAAAAUCCAUUAAAUUGUAACACAAUAAGUCCAGCUCUACUAAUCUUAUGGGGACCAAACUAUAAACCCCUGAAGAAGAUUGAUUUUACCGGGAAAUUGCAUUGUUUGUGAGUUUGUUCCGGCAUUUCUUCUCAGCACUUGCCAUAUGUUUGUCUCAUGAAGCGCUUUCAGGAUCAGUAACCAGUUUUUCAAUAUCUUGUAUAGUUAAGAAAUAAUCGAGUGAGAUCACUUAACGUUUCCACCCUGUAUAGUACCUACUUAAUAUGUAAGUAGAUUGCUGUACCCAACCGGGUGUGCAUUAGUUACCUAAGUUAGUUAUUGCAAUAAAUAAAUAAAUAAAUAAAGCGCUGGUAGGGCCCAUAAGAUAAGGAGACAUGUAAAGUGCCCCAUAAGGGCUACCUUUUUUAUAUUUACUAUAUUUUGACGUUCAUAGGUGCCACCAUUGGUCUAAAUUGAAUAAAAUAUUUUUGAUUUUGAAUGAGAGCAAAAAGCGAAAAAAGUGGAAAAAAUUCCCAGUUUUUCGCGCAACAUGGUAGAAUCACAUGGUUUUUGGAUUGCAAACUUGGGUGCAAGCUUCUCUUAAGGAAUCUAACAACAUAAAAUAUAAAAUAAUCGUACGUUUGCGAUGUUUGCCGUUGUGUCGAUAUUGACUGGACCAAAAUAAACAAACAGAUCAUAGCUUUUUGUGCUUUUGCGUGCCAUCGAAUUAUACGUAAGAAGUUUUACAUUUAUUAAGUAGUAGGUUUUUAUUUAGGUAAAAGUAGUGAUCGCUAUAGUAAUUAGCCAAUACAUAUAAUAUAGUUAUUGGCCAAUUUGCCUAAAAUGAAAAUAAACAAGCCUAAAAGAAGCAAAUGUUUUUUCUGAGCAAUAUGCAGUCCAAUGUAGUAAAUACUUAUUAACAAUCCAAUAUGCCAAUAACUAUGUAUAGGCCAAGGAAAGAAUAGCUAAUUACAUUUUCAUAAAUGUAAGGGUGUGAAUAAAUACAUUAUAUUAAACA